UGUAAUAGUUUUACAAGAGUUGAAUCAGUUUGUUUUGCAAAGGGAUGUGACAAAUCAGCAUAUCAUUAUUAUUAUUAUUAUUAUUAUUAUUAUUUUUAAAGUUUUUCACAUGCUUGUUUGUCAAUGCAUUUCAGAUAUUGAUCACUGCAAGAAAGAUCCUAAUUAUUGUGGCGAAGGCUAUAUUUGUACUCACUAUCCUGGAGCCGUUCUCUGCAGCCUUCAAGAGCACAAAAAGUCUCCACUAAAAGCAAUUUUAAUUGGUGUUGGCAGCGGCGUCCUUGGAUUGUUGUUUCUAUCAGCUUCAGCAUGGUUGCUAACCAAGUAUAUGACAAAAAGACGCAGAGAAAAGUUUUUCAAACAAAAUGGUGGAUUGUUGUUACAACAACAAUUAUCUUCAGGGGAAGCCAAUAUUGAGAAAACCAAGUUGUUUAAAUCAGAUGAGUUAGAGAAGGCAACUGACCAGUUCAACACGAACAGUGUUCUUGGCCAGGGAGGUCAAGGUACUGUUUACAAAGGAAUGUUGGCAGAUGGAAAAAUUGUUGCUGUCAAGAAGUCUAAAAAAGUUGAUGGAUUCAAAUUCGCAGAGUUCAUUAAUGAAGUUGUCAUUCUUUCACAAAUUAAUCACAGGAGUGUUGUUAAACUACUAGGAUGUUGUUUGGAGACUGAAGUUCCUCUGCUAGUUUAUGAGUUUAUACCAAAUGGAACAUUGUUCCGGUAUAUCCAUGAUCAAAAUGAGGAUUUUGAUCUAACAUGGGAAACCCGCCUACGAAUUGCACAGGAAAUUGCAGGAGCUCUUUCCUACUUGCAUUCUGCUGCUUCCUUUCCCAUUUAUCACCGUGACAUAAAGUCUUCAAACAUUCUCCUAGACGAAAAGUACAGAGCAAAAAUAGCAGAUUUUGGAACUUCAAGAUCGGUUACAAUUGAGCAAACACACCUCACCACAUUAGUAUAUGGCACAUUUGGAUACUUGGACCCUGAAUACUUCCAGUCAAGCCAGUUUACCGAUAAGAGUGACGUAUAUAGCUUUGGGGUGGUUCUUGCUGAGCUGUUGACAGGACGAAAACCAGUUUUUAUGGAGGCAGAGGAAGGAGGAAGUCUAGCAGCUUCUUUCAUUCUUUCCAUGGAAGAGAAUCGUUUGUUUGACAUUGUUGAUGCUCGAGUCUUGAAGGAAGCAACUGGCGAGAAAGAAGCAAUAAUGGCAGUUGCUAAACUUGCGAAAAGAUGCUUGGAUUUGAGUGGAAGGAAAAGGCCUUCGAUGAAAGAAGUGGCAAUGGAGCUGGAGAGAAUUCAAAAAUCAGUUAAAGCUUCUGAUUAUGUUGAGCAAAAUGUUGAAGUGGUUGAAUAUGAUAGAAAUGAAAUGACUGCACCUUGGGAUGAUGUUUCUAUACCGACAUGGUCAGCUUCCUAUGGUGGUGUUGCUUCCUCAUCAGAUAUGGAAGCACCUCUGAAUGAGAAACAUAUGAUUACUUAUAAGUAAUUUCCUUUUCCAUUUUUUUGGUAAUCACCAGUAAAGAUAGUAAUAAAUAGAGCAUAUUAGCAGACUGAAAAAUAAACAUUUGCUUUAAUUAAUUUCUGCAACAUCAUCACAUAGAAAAGUUCCAUGUAAUGAGCGUCUAAUGCUAGCAGAC